AUGGAACCAGCCGGUCUUGCUGUCGGCAUUAUUGCCCUUGCUACCACUUUCAACAACGCUGUCGACUGCUUUGAAUACGUCCAACUUGGUCGUGCUUUCGGUACCGACUUUCAAACCAGUUUGCUCAGGCUGGAAAAUGAGAGAUUGCGACUCUCGCGUUGGGGCAAGGCUAUUGGGCUGAGUGGCGACAUAGACAACACCUCCAGCGUUAUAUUGGCGACUGCACCACCAGAGAACGUGACUGCAGCCGACAAUGUGUUAAGGCAGAUAUUGGGGCUUUUCGCGAAAGCAGAGGGAGUUUCAGCCAAGUACGGGAGCCACGCAGCAGAAGUCGAUCGAGACCUCGCAACUUUCGACUCGGCCACUGACAUGGAGCCUGUGGGCCAGUCGUUGCUCGCGCAAAUGCGCGCCCAAUCUAGCGAGCGCAGCAACACAACGCCCCUGAGGCGGAAGGUGCAGUGGGCGCUGUAUGAGAAGAAACAAUUCAAUGACUUGAUCCAAGACAUUGCAAAUCUUGUCAACGAUCUUCUGCAAUUGUUCCCUGCGGCGCACGAAGAACAGCGCCGGCUGUGCAGGACGGAAGUGUCUGAGAUCAACUCCAGGGAUGCUCGUCUUGCACUGAAGGACAUCGCAGCAUUGCAAGACAAGGAACUUGAGAAUGCAGUCGUCGAGGCUUUGAAGUCCCAGGAUCACAAGUCGCCAACAUUCAAUAACCGCGAUUCCACCAAAGUUGGUAUGCAAACGGGUGUGGCCAACAACUCUGGUAGUCAGGUGUUCAAUUUCUAG